AUGGUUUCCCAACCAGCGGGUAACUCCUUGAAGGAACUUCGUGAAACUCUCGAGACCGUUUUGGAGUCUCGAGGGACGUUGGGAAAGAUCAGGGCUCAGCUACGGUCGGAGAUCUUCAGUACUCUCAAGGAGGAGGGGCGGGAUAACGUACCAUCACCCCCAAAGGAAAAUGUCAUCAUUAACGAGCUCAUUCGAGAGUAUUUCGAGUUCAACGGCUAUCACCACUCACUCUCCACCUUCACGGCAGAAACGGGUACUCCCGAGGAAAGACCGUUCAGUCGGGAAGUGUUGCAACAGGAGAUUGGUAUUCAAACGACGCUUGAGGAAGAGCCUCUACCGCUCAUCUAUAAGCUGGUUCCCUGCCGAGGGCUUGGAGGUGAUCGUGUCAGCUCGGCCAUGGCUGGUCGACGUGAAGGUGCAUAG